UGCUUAAAUCCUUUCCUUUCUUUCAUAUCUCCCCCCCCCUUAAUAAAAUAAAAGUUAUUUUACACAGUCACAAAACCUUUUUUUUUCUCUCGCUUAUUUUGACAACUUUUUUUUUUUGACCAUAUUGCAUCUUUUUUUCUUCUUUCCGUAUACAACAAAAUGCGUAUCAAGCUUAAAACGAGCUCACCUUUACCGAAAAUCAAUUGUUGGUUUGUUGUCAAGGAAAAGGCUGGAAAAGAAACGAUCCACGACUUACGUAAAAAGAUUACAAACGAUCUGGAACUUGAUGUACAACCUUCCAACCUUCAAUUAUCGAUGGAUGGAUUCCAUUUACUUCCUCAAACUGCAUUGAAGGAUCUGGUGCGUGACGGUGAUCUUAUCACGUAAGAUAAAAAUUGAGAUUGCUCUAUUGUUUAUAUUACACCCCCUCCCCCUCCUUCCCCUUUUUUCUCAUCCUCUUUUUUCUUCAACUUCUGUUAGUAUUAAUCAAGACAAGUCGGUGGCAACACCUUCGUCAAGCAAAAGAAAAAGAAGUAGUACCCCAAAAGAAGAAGUGGAACCAAUAAAGAAAAAGAAGGCCAAAGAUAUCACCGCACCCGUUAAAUUAAUCCAAUCCGCCAAACCUGUGCAAGUGGUGAAACCAGCUAAAGAAGCCAAACCAGCUAAAGAAGCCAAGCCAGCUAAAGAAGCCAAAUUAGCUAAAGAAGCCAAACCAGUGAAAAAAGCGAAACAGACGAAAGAGACCAAACCUGUGAAAGAGGCCAAACCAGCAAAAGAGGUCAAACC